GCAUCUGAUAUUUCGAUAAUCAGCUAAUGACUGAUUCAUAUUCUUUAUAAGCUGAUAUUAAACGGAGAACUCAUUACCAGCUCACUCGUGCCCGUCCAAUGGCUCUAUUAGUAAAUUCUGUUUUUAGUAAUCUUUCGACACUUGAGUAGCAAAGUCAUGUAUCCGAUGCUCGUUAGCGUGCUGCUGUUCGCUGCAUUUCACAUGCAGACAGCGCAAAGUAAGAAAAUAUCCUUUAAAAACAGAGACUAUCCCAUAAAAUACCAUUUCUUUCAAGGCUUGGCACCACGUGGUAAAUUCACAAGCGUGAGCUUUGAUCACAAUACCGAGUUCUUUACGAAUAUGUCAUGUUGGCUCUCGCCCGAAGGCAAACUUAAUGUCGAUGUGUAUAUAAAACGCAACCUGCCUCUGGCCAUGCGUACGUCUAUUACGGUGCAGUACCAGAUCGAGAACUCGGCGAACUAUUAUACGCUCUUUAGCUAUGACGUAGACAGCUGUAAGGCCAUGAAAGAUCUGCUGCAGUUCGGUCUGACGAACAUCUGGUUUCGCAACCUACGCAAAUACGGAAAUCUAACGAGCAUCUGUCCCAUGAAGGCUGGUUAUUAUGAUUUGCGCAAUUUUCACCUGGAGAACAACAGCAUUCCGGCGUAUCUGGGGUCAGGCAAUUAUCGUAUCAGAGAUGUGAACUAUUAUGGUAAAAACAAUGCAAACAAUGCGAACCCCAAGGCAAAGAAACGUCUCCCUGUCUCGUCUAUCGUUUUGCAAUUGCAAUUGUAUUAAAGUUUGUCUACAAAUCCUGCAGCUCAAUUUAACUGAACUUUUGGCCUGUUGGCCAAGUGUGUCAGGGGCUUCAAUGUGGGUGGGGCUAACAACUUUUCACGAGCCAAGUUUGCAGCGUUUGCGUGAGAUAUGCUUGGAAUUUUUUACUCGUUUUCUCAAGGUUCUUGAGCUUGCCAAGGUCUGAACAGAGUGAAUUUGUAAGUGAAAUUAAAUUAACUGCAAUAAUGAGCUGAGGUAUGUUUGAAUAUUUUACAAAUAAAAUCUCUGAUGCCAGCUUUUUUAUUAUACAUUAAAUUUCUUCAUUUUAUCAACUCAGCAUUAGAAAUAAACUGAACUUUUCGCUUUAAAACACAUUCACAAUGCAGAA